CCGCUUCCCUUCCUCUUCUCAACGAAAUCUCUCGUUGGAUCGAUCCAUGGCGGCUUCAGCUUCGUCCUCCUCCUCUUACGACUCAUCUUCUUCCGAUUCAUCCGAUUCAUCAUCCCGCCGCCACCGCCGCCGGCGCCACCGCGUCCGCCGCGACAAGGACAGGGAUGACGCCCUUAAGACCCGGAAGAAGGAGCGCUCGGUCGGCAAAAGACGCCGCCGGCAUCGCCGCCACCACUCCUCUUCCGAUUCUCAAUCUUCUUCGGAUUAUUCCAGUGACGCAUCCGAAAGUGAGCGCGAAGCUCGGUCGGUGAAGCGCAGGAAGAAUGAUAGGUCGAAGAAGCACAAAGAGAAGGAGAGAAGCAAGAGUCGGCGCCACAAACAUGACAAGCACAGAGUCAAAGAGAAUCAGCAGGAUGAAAGAACUAGCGGUCCCGUUCAGCUUUCUAAAUUCCUGGGGCGUGACCAAGAUGAUGGUGUCCGUCGUAGUGCUGUCUCUGGCAAAAAGAUUCUUUUGAAAGUUGAGAAGUCAAAGGAGGACAAGCUGGCUGAAACUAAAAGAAGCGAACUGCUGAAGUUCUUAAAUGCUAGUUUUGAUUGAAUAUGAAGGGUGAGGAUCAAAGUAAGAGCUGAAUCUGUGAGCUGAUAUCUUGUUCCCCUCAGCUUAAAGUUGCUUGGUUUUGCCUUUGGUAGAGCUCCGAUUGGUCAAUUUCUAAUGUCUACCCAUAGAGAAGGCUCCUGCCCAGAUUUGCUUGGGGUAUGAGGUUAAAAUUUACAUGAUGACUGUUGAAAUGGUGAUUUUGAGCAUAUCUGUUGAAACAAUACCCUCGUGGCUCUUCAAUUAGCCAAGCCUAGCAUGUGUACUUCAUUCUUCUGAUCUUUUGGUUACGAGUAUGAUAUGUUGUCAGCAUUUCCUACUCUAUUGAGAUGCAUUUAUUUAUUUUAAAAGGCCUCCUUUACCGAUUUAACGGCCUCCGAUUCAACUUGAGUUGGUGCUUGUAAAACCAAUAACAUCCUAUUGCUUGAAGCAUUACUCAUUGUA